CGGUGUACAAAUGUAAGGAAGUGUUCAUUAGGUUUUGAAUCCAACUUUGCUAGUUCUUCCACUUCUAGCACAGAAUCAAACUUUCCUAGCUCUUCCAUUUCUAUCACAGAAUCUAACUUUCCUAGCUCUUCCACUUCUAGCACAGAAUCAAACUUUCCUAGCUCUUCCAUUUCUAGCACAGAAUCUAACUUUCCUAGCUCUUCCACUUCUAGCACAGAAUCCAACUUUCCUAGCUCUUCCACUUCUAGCACAGAAUCAAACUUUCCUAGCUCUUCCACUUCUAGCACAGAAUCAAACUUUCCUAGCUCUUCCACUUCUAGCAUAGAAUCCAACUUUCCUAGCUCUUCCAUUUCUAGCACAGAAUCAAACUUUCCUAGCUCUUCCAUUUCUAGCACAGAAUCAAACUUUCCUAGCUCUUCCAUUUCUAGCACAGAAUCAAACUUUCCUAGCUCUUCCAUUUCUAGCACAGAAUCAAACUUUCCUAGCUCUUCCAUUUCUAGCACAGAAUCCAACUUUCCUAGCUCUUCCAUUUCUAGCAUAGAAUCAAACUUUCCUAGCUCUUCAAUUUCUAGCACAGAAUCAAACUUUCCUAGCUCUUCCAUUUCUUGCACAGAAUCAAACUUUCCUAGCUCUUCCACUUCUAGCACAGAAUCCAACUUUCCUAGCUCUUCCAUUUCUAGCACAGAAUCCAACUUUCCUAGCUCUUCCACGUCUAGCACAGAAUCCAACUUUCCUAGCUCUUCCAUUUCUAGCACAGAAUCCAACUUUCCUAGCUCUUCCAUUUCUAGCACAGAAUCAACUCAUUCGGCUUUCACUUUAGGUCAGUGGCAUGACUCAAAACUUAGUUCAAAACCAAUGGGCAACAAGUAG